UGCAAGGCCCUUUCCCCAGUUCUGUUUUUUGAACACUAUACAUAUUAAAUUUAGUGUCCACCUGGCAGGAUUGGACUAUUGCAUAUUCCGGAGCCGUAAACAACCCUCGGGUCAAAUAAACCCAACGAUAUUCUUCUUCACCAACGUGCGUUUAUGUAUUCGUUCGAAGGAGUAAACCUUGAUCCUCCCAGCGAUGAUCCAACCACCUACUGUCGACUAUGCCUCUCGAAAGCGGAAAUGAGGCUACUUGUCAGUGGUUCGGAACCACUGGGUCUAGUGCAGCUCAUUUGGAAGCAAUUGGACAUUCAAUUAACUGAGCCAGAUGAUUUCCCUUGUGCUGUAUGCACGAUAUGUGUGCAGAAAUUGGAGGAGCUAUUCGAAUGUAACGACGACGGAUUGCUGAAUGAAUGGGAAGAUGAUGGAUUGUUAGAAUAUAGGGAAACCUGUCUGGCGGUUAACUUAGCGAUUAAAAACUGGAGAAGUGCUGCUGGAACAGUGCGGGUUGAUGAUAAAACAAUCGUACUACCAUUUCAACAGCUUGGCGAUGGACGGUACAAAUGUAAGGAAUGUACAGAAUUGGUAUUUGAUGAGAUUUCAGCGUGUAUAAGGCACCAUCUGGAAAUCCAUCCGAGUUCAAGCGUAACGGGGUUAUCGACAGAAGGUAAACAUGCCUCCGAUUGUAGCGAUCCUUUGAUAAGUCGCAGAGAAACGCAUUCAGCGACCAAACGAACGAGUGAGAAAAUAAAAGAAACUAUAACGAACGGCAAACAUGUAAUUAACAGCAACUCUGCCAUCAAGGGCAGCUCCUCUGACAAGAGGCCCUGUUUCAAGUGUGUGAACUGCAGUGAAAGUUUUGAUAAUAUAGACAAUCUAAUCCAGCACAGAUCCGAUCAUAAGUCUAUUAUCACCAAGGAUACAAAACAAAAGAGAAUUGAUCGAAAUCGGGGCAAGCGAAAGCGAUUUAUGAUAGACGGUAACGAUACCAAGUGUAAAGAAUGCAACGUGGAAUUCUCUGACAAGAAAGCUUUCUACUUUCAUCUUAACGCUAUCCAUGAUCUUAACAUUUGCAACAUUUGUGAUGAAUCGUUCUCUGCAGUUAGCGUACUGAUUAGACAUCAAGCUUAUCAUCGAAACUUGAAUGAUAUCAUUAAUCCCUUUCUGCUGGGUAAACAUUCAUUCCACUGUAAGGUGUGCUUUGAAAAGUUUCGCUCGGAACGUGAAAUUCGUGUACACUAUCAGAUCAAACAUACAGAGUCGGAAAUCGGUAGCGAAGGCAGUGAAACUAGCAGGAGUACGAAUUAACUGUAGUAAAUGCAUUUCUUGGUUCGAAUAGCAACGUAGGUACAUUUGGAGGACCGCUAUACGGCUACUGAGGAAUAACUCAAAGAGGGACUUACUUCUACUCCAGUUAUAUAAGAAAUUUCUAAAAAGUACAGGUACUCAGCGGUGAGUUCCUGCAGUUUUUAGAAAUUUAUCCAUAACUCUGAGUAGAAAAGUCAGUUGAUAGUUUGCGAUGUAAUGUAAGAACAUUCAGUGAAGGAGGAAAGAAACGAACAGAAUACAACUACAACACUCUCUCAGAGUAUAAAUACAUUGACACCAAAUAAAGUAAUAAAUUCUCAUACUUUCUUUAAAAAAAAUGAAACCA